AUGGUAAUAACAAAUAUUAGGAUGACCCGAAGGUGUUUUGACAAGUUGUGUGUCAUGCUUGUAGCGUUUGGUGGUUUAAAAGAGAGUAGAAAUAUGGAUAUAAAAGAGCAGGUUACCAUUUUUCUUAAUAUGAUAGCUCAUAAUAUUAAGAAUCGUACCAUGAUAACCAAUUUUCAUCGUUCGGGAGAAACAAUAAGUAGAACUUUUUCUCGAGUUUGCAAUGCGGUUAUCAGAUUGCAUUCACGUUUGCUCAAGAAACCCGAACCUGUUCCCGAGAACUCUACCGACAAUAGAUGGAAAUGGUUCAAGAAUUGUCUAGGAGCUUUAGAUGGAACAUACAUACAAUGUCUAGUACCACUUGGGGAGAGGCCUAGAUAUAGAACAAGAAAGGGAGAUAUCGUCACAAACGUGUUAGGCGUGUGUUCACAAGAUAUGCACUUUAUCUUUGUAUUAUCGGGUUGGGAAGGUUCCGCAACCGAUGGUAGAGUGUUACGAGAUGCUCUUGAUCGACCUCAUGGAUUAAAAGUUGCAAGAUCGGGUUACUAUUUGGUAGAUGCUGGGUAUACGAAUGGUGAGGGGUUUUUGGCCCCUUAUACAGGGCAAAGAUAUCAUUUAAAUGAUUGGCGUGAUGGACACCAGCCGACUACACCAAAAGAAUUCUAUAACAUGAAACAUUCAUCUGCUAGAAAUGUAAUAGAAAGAUGUUUUGGUCUUUUGAAGGGAAGGUGGAAAAUUUUGAAGGACAACUCAUUUUAUCCUAUUGAUACAAAUAUUAGGAUCAUAAUGGCAUGUUGUUUCCUCCACAAUUAUAUUAGACAAGAAAUAGAAGAUGAUCCGCAAGAAAUGGAAGAUGAUGUGGAUGAAGGAACCGGAGAUGGAGAUGGAGAUGGAGUUGGAUAUGGAGAAGAGGAUAACAUAAGCUCUGUUGAAACUUCAAAUAAGUGGACAACAUUUAGAAAUAAUUUAGCAAAUACUAUGUUUGAGUCUUGGAAUGCUAGCCAUUUUGCUGAUUUUGUUCCAGUUUAUCUGUUUUUUUAUAGUGCAGUUUUAGGACUGUGUUGCCCAGAUUUUGUUGCAGUUUUUUAUCCGUCUGUUUUUAGUGCAAUUUUAGGAUUGUGUUGCCCUGAUUUUGUUGCAGUUUUUAGGACUGUUUUAAGACUGUUUUUAAUGCAGUUGAAGGGCUAUUUUUGCUGCUGCUUAGGGCUGUUUCAGGCUGCUAUUGAUGCAAAAUGA